AUGGAAAACAAAACUCCUCCGAUCGGGGAAGCAAAUGCAACAGCCACUCCGGCAGCCGAUCCUGCGGUCAGAAAUUGGGAGAGCGACGAUCCCGAAGAUAUAACCAAGGGUAAUGCGAUAGAUUUGAUAAUCAGAGUCCACCAUCCAAGAAACCCGUCCAUCACAAACCCCGAGACAAUGCACUUGACCUCCGAGAUUCCCGAUCCAGCGGCCGAAGGUGCGUAUGCGCGACAGAGGAGAGCUGCGAUAAUAGAAGUUUGUUUUGCAAUACCCUGUCUUGAAGUUUCCAAGCCAUUCAGUAAGGAUGUUGAUAGCGGCCGCUAUAAGCCCGAUACAGACGCCCAUGAUGGUCAAAACUAUCCAGCUCUGUAUGGAAACCACGAAUUUGGCGGUGAAAGUUUUCAAUCUGUCUUGGAAAGAGCCAUGGUUCAAUGGAGCCGGUCCCUUUCUAAUUCUACCAGAAAUGUCGUAGUGGGAACCGUGACAUGGGCAGAACCAUCCCCCAAAGUCUCCGGACUCACCAAUAGGAACGCAACCCAAGUGGGUACAGAUACCCAACAUGAUCAACCACUCUGGGUUCUUGACUCUGUCGGCAUCCUUCUGAGGGUCUCUAAGAGAAGAGAUAUCCACCUCGUUGGCCUCGGCAAUCUCGGAUUGUGUUCUGUGUCUGAUGAAAACUGGCUUACCUUGCCAUUUCACAACAACGUUCUUUCCCUCAGGAAUGGCACUCAACUUCACCUCCACCUUGGCCAUGGCCAACACAUCUGCGGAAGCAGUCAUGGUGGUCAAGAAGGCCUCAACGGUAGACUUGGCGGCAGCAGCAGAAACCAAUCCGUACGAGCCCACCAUGAAGUAGGUGUAAACUCUCGAUUUGUCAUUGGUUUCUUUGGAUUUGUUGAGGUAGUGGGUGAAAUCCGGAGAAUCGUAGGUGGACUUCAGAGCGGUUUGUGUGGAAGACAAAGCUCUAACCUGGGAGGCCAAUCCCAUGUUAGCCUUGAGGCCUCUAGUAAAAGAUCUGGACAACAUUGA